AUGUAUCUACACUGGUUUUUGUAUAAAGCAAGCGGUAUUACUUACUUCUUUACUUCUUCCCUUACCUCAUAUUAUUCUAAUAUAACAAAUACAAUAAUAAUAACAAUGUCAACCAAGAGAAGCGCAGACGAAACCACCGACGCUACUACCGAUGUUGUUGAUCAACAACAAACCAACGGUUCCGACGAUUCACACAAGAAGCAAAAGUCAGAAGUUGCAAGAACUUCUUCCAAGCUCGAAAAGCUUGCACAAGUCAAGAAGGAUUUGGAUGUAAAGGAAUGGAGCUCUAAUGUUACUCUUGAAGAACUCCUCACUUCACUCCUUGACAAGAGUGAAAGAGAUGCCUUCUUUGUUGCCGAUAUUGCCACCAUUAUCAAGCAAUACCAAAAGUGGAUCAAACAUUUACCACAUGUUACUCCAUACUAUGCCGUCAAGUGUAACCCAACUCAAGGUGUAUUAAAGGUACUCGAAGCUUUGGGAACCAGCUUUGAUUGUGCUAGCAGAAACGAAAUUGAAACCGUUUUGAAUCUCGGUGUCGAUCCAUCUCGUAUCAUUUAUGCCAAUCCAUGCAAGCAAAUCUCUGCUUUAAAGUUUGCCAGACUUCACAAUGUAAAGAUGAUGACAUUUGAUAAUGUAAGUGAAUUGGAAAAGAUUGAAAAGUUUUUCCCAGAGGCAGAGUUGGUGUUGAGAAUUGCACCAGAUGACAGCAAGUCAUUGAUGAGAUUCGGAACCAAGUUUGGUGUGCACAUUGACGAUUGCUCUGAUUUGUUAGAGAUGGCCAAGGAGAUGAACCUCAAGGUUGUCGGUGUCAGCUUCCACGUUGGUAGUGGUUGUUUUGACGCCUCGGCCUAUGACGCAGCCCUCGAGAUGGUCAAGAGCGUGUUUGACAUGGCCAAGACCCACGGCAUGACCCUCAACCUCGUCGACAUUGGUGGUGGUUUCACCGGCUCUGACGACGUCAUGUUUGGCAAGUUCACCGACGCCAUCCGUAACAAGACCAAGGAGUUGUUUGCCCCAGACGUCCGUAUCAUCGCCGAGCCAGGCCGUUACUUUGCCGCCAUGAGCCACGUCCUCGCCGUCACUGUCAUCUCUAAGCGUAUCAUCAAACAAGAGGACAACCGUCAACACCCACGUCGUACCAGCAACAACUUGCGUCAAUACAACUACUACUUGGCUGACGGUGUCUAUGGCUCGUUCAACAACAUCCAAUUUGACCACGCCAAGCCAACCCCAUGUCUCCUCAAGCCAUCGCACAAGCAACCAACCCCAUGCACCCUCUUUGGCCCAACCUGUGACUCGAUCGACGUUAUUGCCCGUGACACCCAGAUCCCAGAACUCAAGAUUGGCGACUGGUUGUACUUUAAGGACAUGGGUGCCUACACCAUGGCUUCUGCCUCUUCCUUUAACGGUUUCGUCCCACCUCCAAUCUACUAUUACUGCUCUGAAAUUGAUACUUCUGAUCUCUAA